AUGCCGAGCCGCCGCCGUGAAACCCCUGCCUUCUCCCCACAGCCCCAGGCACCACCCACCACCCAGGUCGAUCCCUUGCAUGGCCGUGGUACAACCUCGCACACCCAGUACUGCGCCGGCCCGUAUCCCCCGUAUCGGCCCCCGUAUGGACCCCCAUGGGUGGCCAGGAUGCUGGCCGGUGGCUCCAUGGCAGCCUUCACUCUUGUUUUGAGCAAACAGCCCCAACGACCGGUCUCUCGCGCUCCGGACUGGGAGACUUGCGGACACUACCACGCCGCCAAGACCGUUCUAAGACGGGGUACAUGGGUCGAGAUCUGUUCCUUGGCACAGCGACCAUCCUCCACACGAGCAAAACCCAACCCCCCGCCCCGUCUCCCGUCCCCACCCAUGAACGGCCGGCGUGUCGUGUCGGCCAAGUCGGUGGCCGAUAAGGCGAGGAACAGGGACGAGAAGCGGCGGACUGGGCGGAUGCCUGGGGAGGCGCCACCGUUGCGUUUGUACCCACGCCCAAACGCGACCGGCGGUGACUAG